CAGGAAGUGAGCCGAAGAGUUUCACGUUGGUAGCUAAACUCACAACUGCCAAACAAAGUUCAGAAGGAGUUGUUGGUUUGGGGAUGUAACGCCGGAGAGAAGACGAAUCUCCAACAGCAACGACCGAUAUGAGCGGCAAAAAGGAAAUCCGUUUCGAUGCAAAAGAGCACCAACACCUGCGUUAUAACCCUCUGCGUGACACCUGGGUCCUUGUGUCGGCCCACCGGAUGAAGAGACCCUGGGCCGGUCAGGUGGAGAAGCCUCCUGAGGAACACGUACCCAGACGUGACCCACACAACCCACUCUGUCCCGGAAACACGCGUGCAAAUGGAGAGGUAAAUCCAGACUAUGACAGCACUUUUCUUUUUGAAAAUGACUUUCCUGCUCUUCAGCCAGAUGCCCCAGAUCCUGGGUCAGAUCAACAUCCAUUGUUCCAGUCGAGAGCUGCUAGGGGCGUCUGUAAGGUCAUGUGUUUCCAUCCCUGGUCAGACGUCACCCUUCCUCUCAUGAAAAAAAAGGAAGUUGUCAAAGUGAUUGACAAGUGGGCGGAGCUUGUUGAAGACCUAGGAAACACGUAUCCCUGGGUUCAAAUCUUUGAGAACAAAGGAGCUAUGAUGGGCUGUUCUAAUCCACAUCCUCACUGUCAGGUGUGGGCCAGCAACUUCCUUCCUAAUGAGCCGGCUCUGUCAGACCGCUGUCAGAGAGCCUACCAUCAGCGACAUGGAGAGCCGCUGCUGCUGCAAUACGCCAAGCAAGAGGCUGAGAAAAAGGAGCGUGUGGUGGUGGAGACUUCUGAUUGGCUGGUGGUGGUUCCAUAUUGGGCGACAUGGCCGUACCAAACGCUGUUGUUACCACGACGCCAUGUCCUCAGGAUCAAUGAUCUGACUGCAGAGGAGAGGGAAGGUCUUGCUGAUAUUAUGAGGCGACUGCUGACCAAGUAUGACAAUCUGUUUGAAAUCUCUUUCCCCUACUCCAUGGGCUGGCACGGAGCUCCGACUGGCCCCCAUUUAAUGGAAGACAAUUCUCAUUGGCAGCUCCAUGCUCACUACUACCCUCCUCUGCUGCGUUCAGCUACUGUUAAGAAGUUCAUGGUGGGGUAUGAGAUGCUUGCCCAGGAGCAAAGGGACCUGACCCCUGAACAGGCUGCUGAGAAGCUAAGAAACCUAUCAGAAGAACACUACAAAACCAGAGACAACUAAAAAAGAUGGAGGAAUAUGAAGUAUAAGUAAAAAGACCUGUGUGAGGGUUGGGAAAAAAAGGGAAAAGUAAAGAACAGUAUUCUUUUUUGGGGAAAUAUACAACUGAUGAAUUACUUUUUGGGGGAAUUACUGUGAUCAUAAAUGUAAUGACAUUCAACACAUGGUGCAAGACUUUGUGACCCUUGUGAAUAUAUGCAGUAAGUGUAUAUAUUUUUAAUACAUUUAUGUGGACAAAAAGGCUUGUGUUGUCUUCCUUUACUGUGAUUAUACAAUGGGGCUCAAACACAAUUGUCAAUAAAACUCCUAAUCAAUGUUUUAAGGGGGAUAUUUAGAAAACAUGUUCUCCAUCCCACUCUCAAUUUGGUCGAGCUUACACACUUUGUUGGUUGUUUUGUUGUAAUAAAACCCUUUCGACCA